AGCACCAUGACGACGCCAAACCCAAGGGCACAUGAAAGCUCUUUUGAUUGGUUCCUUGCUUACAAUAUGACCAAUUAACGCCCGUGUAACAGUAGGUUGCCGUUGCUAAUUGUUUAGCUAGCAACGUAACAUCAAGGAUUCGUGUCAAGUCUGAAGCUGGUUGAAGCUGAGCUUUUAAAGGGGCUUUCUCUCUACAAAAACAUAAAAGAUGGCAACUGAAGUGAGACAAGUGACAAGGCAUCAGCCCCCAGAUUGGUUCACUGAGUGUUACACACAGUCUACAAAUGCUGAGCGACAGCGGUCGGCGUCUCAUCAGGUACGGCAGGAGUCCCGAUUCCUGCGCAAUGAGACAGAUAUCCAGACCAAAUGGGACCAAUAUUCCAAUGAUGUAAGGCUGGCUGACCGCGUGGACCACAUCAGGAAGUGGAAAGAGACUCUUGAGAGAACUCUAGGACAGCUGGAUCAAGAGAUUGCCGACUUGUCUGAAGCAAAGGAGGAGACAGAGAAUGCCCUAGAACGGAUGAACCUCCCAACCGAUGUUGCUAUUGAGUGUUUGACAUUGAGAGAGGGCCGCAAGGGCAUCGAUGUUGUACAGGAUGAGCCAGAGAAUCAGCUUCACAAGGAGGUGGAAGUUAUUGAUGGAAUCAAAAAGUCGCUGCAGCAGAGAAUCUCUGACUCCUUCGAGCAACUGUGUUUGCUGCAAGAGGCCAGACAACAGGUGCAGGCAGAUCUGCAGGACAAGAACAUCGCUUUAGGUAUUGACAUUGACCAGUACAACCUUUCAGAUAGGUCAGCAAACAUAAGCUACAAACCAGAUGCCCUGAGAGUGCCUAAAGGGAGCACAACCCCUCAGCAAUGGGAGGACUUCAGCCGCUACAACAAGGAGCGCGCCGAGGCUGAGAUGAAAUCCUCCAAUCGCUUGCGUGAACAGAUCCACCACACCCUUCAGCAGACUGCCAAUGACUUGGAGGCUCAGAAACAGGCCACAGAGUAUGCCUUCCGUAAGAGGAUCCAUGAGUUUGAACGUGCCAAGGAUGAGCUCGAAUGGCAGAAGAAGAACACUGAGGGUGAGAUCGCAGAGCUGGAGAACGACAUCCGUGGCAUCGAGGAGGCCAUCAGAAACAAGAUCCGGCCGACAAAGAAGGCGGAGACAAGACUGGAGAACAGAACCUACAGGCCGAAUGUAGAGCUGUGCCGCGAUGCUCCGCAGUAUGGGCUGGUGGAUGAAGUCAAGCAGCUGUACGCAUCCAAGCAUGCCCUUGAGGAGAAACUCAAGCAGUCGCAGCAUGCCUUGGAUGGUCUACAGAAGACUCUCCACCGCCUCAAUGAUGACAUUGCCCUCAAGGCCAACUCUCUGCGUCUGGACAAUCAGUGCAUGGGCAUUCGUGAGCGGUUGAACCCAGCACCCCAGACAAAGAUUGAGAAGAAUCUCAACCUCACCGGUAUUGAGAGGAUGAAGUCAUCCAUCUUGGCAUAAUCACAAGCAAUCUGAAUUUUUCUUUUUUAUUGAACUAAUGAUUCUCCAAAAUAUUCUACGGUGAUGAAUUUUUAGUCCUAUGUCCGAUGAAGACAUAAAGAGUAUUAUGAUGUGUUUCUGCUACAAAUUCACAUUUUUUAUGAUAAAAAUAAGAGGCUGUUCCUGAAAAAAACCACAUUGUGUUGAGAGAGUAACUCUGAGCCUCUUUCCUUAUUUCUCGCUUUUGUGUGAAUAUGUUCAGGGAAAAAUAAGAUGUUUCGAGAUCAGGAUCUGCUACAGUAAACAGCAGUUCUGUUGUGGUUUUUCUCUUCUGCUGCAAUGUUUUCUCUGUGCUUUGCGUCUGUCCAUAAACUCUGUGAUCAUUUUGCUCAUACUUGGCUAUGUGCACAACUCCAAACAGUAUUUAGUUUUUGUGGUUCUUUAUUUCGUAAUGCUUGUAUUUUUCGAACCAAAAUAUUUGUUUCUAUAGAGAAUUAUUGAGUGCUAUGUUCUCUUUUGCCCAUGGUGUAAAUAAAUACAGUCUUAUAAAGUAUUAUAACUCUGUAAGAAUGUGGUGUACCGAGGAUGAGACGUUGAGUCUGAGAGAAUUGUGUAUUUGUGUGGCACUCUUUUUCCUAGAUAGAAGAAUAAAACAUCAAAUGACAUUCUGUAAACCUUUUCCUGUUCAUAAGUUGUUAUUUUUUUUAAAGAUCUGUUAUGAUAUACUGAAGAAAUCCAAUUCCUGCGCGUCUGCGUUUGAACGAAUGUUGAACAUUAUAUUGCUAAGAUUUUGGAGCAGGUCUUUACAAUUUGUGUUUCACAGACCCUACACUAAUAGUAUAAUAUGCCUUUGGUAUUGAAAAAUUAAGGGGGAGACAAAAUUUGUAGCUUGACAUUUGACCAAUAAAGAUUUGCCCCACAUA